GUCACCAGAUACUCUGGCCAAUGGCAUCAAGACUUGCAACAUGGUUUCGGCGUCGAGAGCUGGGAGGAGGGUAGCUGCUUCGAGGGCGAAUUCCGGGGAGGCCAGAAGAAUGGCGUCGGGGUGUACCGCUGGGCCGACGGAUCCAUGUACGAAGGCAGUUGGAGGCGCAAUGCAAUCCAUGGUCCAGGGCACUACUUGGGCCAUGACCAGCGUGAGUUCCGUGGCCGUUGGAAGAACUCCAUGAUCCAUGGUUGUGGGAUCUAUAGCUGGCCCGAUGGACGCGCUUACGAAGGGCAGUAUGCCAAUGACCGCAAGACUGGCUAUGGCAUCUUCUCUUGGCCGGACUGCAGGAGGUACGAGGGCUUCUGGCACAACGGCAAACAGCACGGGGAGGGGAGGUUCCGACGGAACCGCGCUGUUGCUCGAUUUUGGUGGUGGAAGAUUCGAACAGGGCAUACCUCACCUUCACCGGAGGUUCUGAGGUGGAUCUUGCACACUCUUCGAACACAUCACUCAGCCGAUACCCAGUACAUCCACCGGAUUUCCCUUGCCUUGCAGAUUGCCAAGAUGGCGCAACCAUGGCACUGCACAUGGUGCAAGAAGGACAUCAAAGGUACCUUCUCGAAUUGUGGUUUCUGUGGAGCUCAUUGGUCCGAGUGCAGACCGCAAACUCCACGAUCCUCCAGAUCUACAAAGUCUCCGAAGAGGCGACAGAGCCAAGCAUGGACAUAUGCAGGCGAAUGGGAUCCAGAUCCCAAUGGCAACUACUAUCAAGGCCCUUGGACGGGCUCAUAUGGUGCUGCCAAAUCGCCAAAACGUGGACCCAAGAAAUCCCCAGCUCGGUCCCACAAAGGCAAGCAAGACGGACGAUCGAAAAGUCAAGCACGUCAUAUUCCUCCUCAAGAACCAGAGUGGACACUCGACUCCGACUCUAUGGUGAAAUCGACACCAGCGAGUGCCGCAGUCAACAGCGCUGCAGAGACGCACUUGAAGGAGCUUGCCGCCGCAGUGAAGCAAAUGGAUCAACCAUUGACUGCCGAUGUGCAGAAAGCCCUCGCCAAUGCCUCCAAGGUGGUCGUGGUCGAUCCGACGAUUCAACUUCAAAGUGCUGCCGCAAAGCUUCGAAAUGCUCGAGAUCAACUUCUGCAAGCCAGACGUGCCAGGCAGAAUCUUCACAAUUCAUGGGCCAAGUUCAUUGCGGAGGCAGUCCAGAGAUGGAACCAGCAUACAGAAGAUUUCGAUGCUCGAGACGCAGAACAUAUGAAAGCCAUACAAGAGGCCAUGGACAAGUAUCAGAAUGCAAAGGAAAUGAUGGAGGUAUCCAAGGAAGCAGUGAGUGCUUCCGACAUUGGAGUGCCGACAGUCGUCGAACCUUCCGAGGAAGAGUUGAUGACCGAUGUCACACCCAGCAUUCACGACGACAUGCAGUCCAUGGUCCAGACCUUCAAUCGCAUUCGAGAUCGUCAAGCCGAAGUUCUAGAAGGCUCUGCUCUCAAGAAGCCAAGGUUGGAGGAUGGCGAAGAGGCGGCGCACGAAAGGUCUGUGUAUGGCUCACGAGCCUUGCAGCCUUUUGGUGGGGGGGGGCAAGUAGACUGUCAAGAGGCCUGCCAACCCCUAGGAUCUCCAGGGACUAUGUGCGUGCAUCAGUGGACACAUAGUAUCCUGAUGGAAGAGAAUUUCACUGCGCCAUGGGUUGCGAUUGAACGUGCUGUUGACCAGUGCAUCGAAGUUUAUGGAUUUGAUGCUUGUUCCCAGCUUCUGGAAGGGUCCAGUUGCUUUCAUGCUGGUCGUCGUGCACUUCCUUCUCAAUCUUCUACGAGUACCAAAGCAGUGAGCUUUACGACCCAGAUUGAAUUGCUCUACGGGAGUGAAGGUGACACUUUGUUACCUACAGUUUUGACUCACCAUCAACUGCAAACAUGGAUGAAUAAGCCAUGGACACUCAACGCACAGAAUGUCGCUGUUGUGGAACCGCUGUCAACUUUGGCCGUGUCGAUCCCAGCAGUUGACCCUUACACAGGAGUGUCGAACAGCUUGUUUGUCGCAUCGGUUGCAGCCAAUCCUGAAGAACCUGGUGGACAUUUAUCUGGUUCCACCGUGUCAGAUUCGACUCCAAUGGCGUCUGAUCGAGCAGACUAUGACAUGCAGUCGUCGUGGCAUAUCCAAUUACGAAGUGAUUGGCGAGAACAUGCUGUGUCUCAUGAUCCCCAAGAGGGUCGGAGAUGGAUUGCCAGAUCAGGAAUCAUGUUCAUGGCCGAGAAUGAACUCGAGCCUAUUGCCAAUGGUCUUAGCAUUGACAUUGACAUCAGAGUCCCACCAGCUGACACAGAUGUGGUCUCCUUUGUGGAUGAGGAUGACAUUGCGUAUUGUCAUCAUGUACGCCAUCGACCGAUGGAUCUUCAAGCAGCUCAUACGGAAGUGCUUCUUAUGCAAACCGUGGCAGACCUUCCCCUUGGGUCGGUUCAUCGACUGGUGCUAGUCGAUGUUGAAUUUCAUGAGCAUCUUCCAGCCACUGAUGUCUCUACUUCGAGACGAUGUUUGUCGUUGCCGCAUCUGACACAGCGACGCACCUUGUUCCGCCUGUUAGGCUUGGACAUCUACUGUGACAAGGUGCGCAAUCGAUGUAUGAUGUGGCUGAAUAAUAUCUUGGUGGAGGCCCAACAACAACGAAGUUUUCAUCUGGAGCAUGGAGAUUAUUUGAGGAUUGCUCUUCCUCCUUGGCCAAGAGCUGCAGCAUCGAUUUCCACCAGAACAUGUGUGAGUAGAACAAGAACUGCUCCGCGUCGCUCUGGACGUUCUUCUGCAGCGCUCUCCCCUGGAGAUUUCCAUGAAGUUGGCAUGACAGAUGUGGAUGAGUAUGAGCGACGUCAAAGACCAGCGCGCUUUCACAGCCUUGACGAAGCAGAUCACUUGAAUCUUCUGCAGGUUGAUGUUGGCAUGCUCAGUUUUGUGCCGUUGCCUCCCAACGAUAUGCUGGCUGAUGAAGUGGCAAAAGUCUGUCGAUUGGUGGACUCUACGGCUGACAUGACCCACCCUGUGGACAAAUUAGAUGAUGAGCCAGUUGGUCGAUUGCAACAAGCUCGUAGCCAAGCAGCAAGGGACAACCCCAUGCAGGCGAUUGUCAACGGCCUUCCGACGUUUGUGCAAGAGCUCUUUGAGAUACGGCUUCAACAUCAACAUCAAGCUGAUGAUCAUGCCUCCCCUCAUACCUAUGUUGAAACUUGGUUCAGUGACCACGUGCGCAGACCACACAGUGGUCUCGGCAGAAUGGUACGGCUUGAUGCUGAUCCUCAAUCGUGGUACACUGCAAUUGUGAUGGCUUGGGAAGAUCAUGUUGAUCCAUUUCAUGAGCUGUUGUGUCAGAUUGUCCAGCCGUUUCCUGAAGGAGGUGAUCCGGAAGCUGUGGCCCAUAUCAUCCUAGUCCAGAACGUCAUCCCGCACCAUUCUUCCGUGCUGGUAUCUAUUACCGAUUACGCAGAAGAUCCAUGGCAUCCUCGUCUGAUGUGCCUUAUGGUAGCUGAUACUCAUGUUCAUCGUGAUCUACUCCGUCUGGUUGACCUUCAGAAUGCGUGUGCACAGGCUUCUGCACACACACAAUGCCGAACCUGGCGGGGUGAAGACGAAAUCACUGCUGAUCCCAACGUUCCAGUGCAACAUGGAGCGGCCAUUCAUUUUACCAUUCAGCGCGACAUCCCUUGGCAAGCAGGCGCUUCUCAUGCCACCACGCCGGAUGACGAUGAUUCCGAUGGUCUUCAUCUACUUCAAAAGUCUUCAGGGCGCAAUCGUCUUCAGCUGGAUGCACUUCUUACAGAUGUCGUCACUCCAGUGUGGGUAACAAUCGAUUGUCAGAAGGUCUUGUUGCAGGAGUUGCUCAAGGAAAGCUUGGCGGCCAUCACAAUGCUGAUCUUUUGGUGCCUAUUCGUGCCCUUCUACAUUGGUUGGAACAUUGGCUUGCGGCAGCUGUUCAAUGGACACGUUGAUGCACCUCCGCUCCAUGAUCUUCAUUGGCGAUUCAACAUUGCGCAGCCACUGACAUCUUUGCCACAAGUUGGCCAGCAACCAAUUGCUCAACGGCGAGAUGCGCAACCUCAAGGUCCACGAGAGGCGACGAACAUCAAACUGCAAUUUGCGACCGCCAACGUUUUGACUCUCUUCCCAGGCCAGCAGUAUGCAUCCAACUACAUGAGUGCGCGAGCUGAACAGCUUGAUCACCAAUUUCACGACUUGGGUGUGCAUUUUAUUGGCUUGCAAGAGACUCGCAGUCGUCAAGAUGGGCAUUUUCGACUGCCGCACUACCACGUCUUGUCUGCGCCAGCAUCACAACGAGGCGUUGGAGGCGUGCAACUUUGGGUGCAUCAGUGUCUUUUGGAUGGACGUGUGAAGCUUGAAGUUGAUACUUCACAUCUGCACAUUUUGCAUGCAACUGCUCAGUCAUGGAGGCUUUUUGUCCUGGCUGAUGCCAAUAGCCGUGUUGGCUCGGUUUGCUCUGAUGCCAUCGGAGACUGGCAACCUGAUCCAGAGAAUACGAAAGGCACCACAGCACGCCUUGAUUACAUUGCAUGUCCUCAUGACUUGCAUGAUGACGCCAUUGAAACUUGGAUUGACGAGCGCAUCGACCUGACCAUCUCACGAGAAGAUCACGCAUGUGUUCGUGCACAAGUGCCCCUAUCCUUUCAUGUGGCUCAUACUACAAAGCGAAGGAAGACAAAGUCGCUGUCAGGUACUUUGCAAUGGCCUGACUGGAAGAUGGAUGUGCAUUCACAUGCAGCCGCCAUUCAGUUAUGGCUGCGACAGAAGCAAGAGAUCCCACGACCAAUGCGGAAAUCCCAUUUGACCAUGGAAACUGCAAAGUUGAUUCAAGCGAAACAAUUUCAUCGACAGUGUCUUGCAAAGGUGCGUCGACAUCGAAGGCUUGCACUGCUUCGCCAUAUUUUUGAGAGCUGGCGAGAUGACCGAGAACAUCAACCCAAUUUGCUACCCUGGCUUCGUCAAUGUGAUGUUCAGGAGGCCACCCAUUUUCAAGCGUUCUCUGAUUUGGCUCCUCGUGUGGUGCAAGCAGUACGACAAGAUGAUGCUACAUUCUACGAGUCGUUAGCUGAACAAGCAGGACGCGAGUCUUUGAAAAGCUCACGGCAUCUGUGGCAGGCUAUUAAAUUCACGUUGCCCAAGUGGAGAGCGAAGCAACGCUCUAACUUGCGCUGCGUUGGCCCCACUGUGGAAGAAAAGGCAGCACAUUACAAUCAACUUGAAGCAGGAUGUACCACAUCAUUUGAUGAGCUCUUGUUAUCCUGUUGGACGCAUCAGCAGAAAAACAUGUAUGAAGCUCCUCUCUGUAUUCCCAUGCAUGAGUUGCCAACCCGAGCGACUGUGGAACAUUUGUGUGCCACCUUGAAGACCAACAAAGCACCUGGCGUUGAUGCCAUUUCUCCCAACACGUUGAAAGUGCAAGGUCUUCCAAUGGCUGCAGAGAUCACCUCCUUAUUCUUGAAGAUGUGGACCACUGGCGCCGAGCCGUGGCAAUGGAAAGGCGGAUUGGUCCAUACCAUAGGCAAAAAGAAAAAGAGCCAUCAUAUCCAGGACAUGCGCGGCAUAGCUUUGAUUGAUGUUUUGAGCAAGUUAUCCCAUGCCGUGAUGAGAGCGCAAAUGAUGCCAGCACUCCACGCUGCACGAGAACCCCUUCAAUUGGGGGGCUUCGCCCAUCAGUCGACCAUGUUCGCAACUCAUUAUCUCAGAGCCUUUGAGCAAGCUGCGUCCUCCAAACAUAUGUCUUCCUGUGUCCUAUUUUUAGACAUCAAGAGUGCGUUCCAUUCCCUGGUACGAGAAGCGGUGUUUGACAUGCCUCCCACUCUUCCAGAUCGACUGCAUGAGGUUCUAGAAGCGGCAGGAUGUGAUCCCUCUGAAGUGAUGAAACAUUGUGCACAGGAACGCAUUGGACAGCAGUUCUCCCCUACCCUUGCCCGCCUUUUGAGCGAUGCCCAUACGUGUACAUGGUACACACUUGCGGCCUCCGAUGAAGUGCAUCACACCAUGAGAGGCAGCAGACCGGGCUCGCCGUUGGCUGAUGCAGCCUACAACGCCCUCAUGAUUGCCAUUAUCAAGGACAUCCAAAAGAUUUUGGAUAGUCGCCCGCUCUUUGUUCAAGCACAUUGUCAACUCGGAGUGCGGCCAAGAAUUGUAGCAUGGGUGGAUGACCUCGCGUUGCCUAUGGUGUUUCCCACGGCUGACGCGCUGAUUGAAGAAACUGCCGCUGUGAUGCAUGAGGUUGACCAUGUUUGUCGCUCAUAUGGCUUGGUGCUCAACAUGCAGCCCAAGAAAACUGAGGCCGUGGUAGCUUUUCGAGGUUUGAUUUUGGAAUUUGUCACAGCGGCAUCUGACCAUCAGUUUUCUUGGAUCCCUGCGUUGCGGCACGCUUUGACAUGGCUUCGUGGCAUGGACCCUACAUUAUUGCAUUGGGACCCGCACCAUGCUCCUGUGCACAUCAUUUGGCAGUGGCUGACAGAUUGUGCAGAUACGGGACCUCGUCUUGUCCGACGUCUUUUUCGACGGGCCCUUCAACAAGGUGGCACGAUUGAACGUGCUGUACGUGCUCAUUGGCAGCUGUUACAAUGUAUUGCACCAGCUGCCAUCCUGGGCCACGACGACGUGGCUGUCGUGCCAGAUCUUGCGGCACAUGAGUGUCGCCUGUGUGCUCGCCAUUUUGGUACUGUUCAUCAGCUACAUGUUCACCAAUGGUUAGCACAUGAGCUCAUAUCGCCCGAGCGGAGCAUGAUGACCUCAACUACGUGUUUGGCGUGUCACAAGUGUCAUUGGACUUCACAGCGUUUGCAACAACAUUUGCGCAACAGUAGACGCCAUCCCAAUGGAUGCUAUGAACGCUUGACAUGGAGAUGCCCUCCAGUUCGGUGUGUGCCAGAGAUUGAUGAGCAUGCCCCGCAUCAGCGCUUUCAUCGUCAACCAGCAAUGAUCGUGGACACGGUGCCCAAUUACGCAGAAUGCACUCUCACAACGAGGGCGGAAGCAGAUGCGGUCUUGAACCAAUGCUGGCAAGAUGAAGGUUUACCCAAUGACAUUGAUCUGCACUUCCUUUCGCAACGUCAUGCAGAAUUUGAUGGUGUGAUGAAAGCUCGACAGCACUGCCAUAUGGAUGAUGUCGAAGGCAUUUUCUUUGAGCUUGUGGUGAAAGCAGAGGGCACUUCUACUUUGCCACAUGGAGUGCUUGGAGAAUGGGCGCUAUGUCUUUGGAUUCUUGAUUGUCUUUGGCUUUCGCGCUUUCCGGUCUUUCCGGUGGAAGUUUUCCGUGCACUGGAUGAUGCCUUGCAGCAAUUUCUUCAUGACUCACAUAUUGGGCGUUUGGUAUGCUGGAAGCGGCGCAUGGAUGAAGCCUACCAGCCCGACCUGACGAUGAUCAAGUCUCGUGAAGUUUUGCAUCGUGCCUUGGAGCCCAUCAUUGAUCCAUGUGCCUUGCAACAUCAAUUUUUAGAUGAAGUGUUUGCUUGUCACUUUGAUUUGCCCCCAGCUGGUCAAAUUCCUUUAUGUAAGCUUGAUGGCCGUGUUGUUAUCCUUGUCUUGCAUUUGUUCAGCGGGAGAAGAAGAAUCGGUGACUGCCACUGGUGGGCGCAGCAUAUUGCCGCGAAGAUCCUCCCUGAGUAUCCCGUGGUACUCCUGUCAGUGGACACUGCAAUUGACUUGGUCUAUGGCGACCUGUCUACAGGAGCAAACUUCCAGCGCAUCCUGAAGCUGGCACAGAGUGGAACUGUCGCGGGGUCUCUCACUGGGCCUCCUUGCGAAACCUUUGCGGCAGCACGCGACAUCCAACUCGAAUCUCGGGGUCCUCGUCCGCUGCGUACAGCGCAUUCGCCUUGGUGCCUUCCUGAGCGCUCCUAUGGAGAGAUGCGUCAGUGUGCUACAGGAACCGAGUUGCUCAUGAACUCCCUACAACUGGAGACCAUUGUUUGUCAGGGAGGAGGUAGCAUUAUGGAACAUCCUGAUGAACCCAAAGAUGAGCAGAAAGUGUCAGUGUGGACGGCAGCUCCAUCCUGGCUCUCUGGGAAGAAGGGCGACGAACGACUGGAAGAGCCUGUGCCUCAACGGGCGCCGGGCGACGUCGCGCCAGAGGUUCUCCACCGGGGUUGUCAGUCCAACUAUGUUCAUCACAGCGAUGUUCCUUUCUGAACAACUCUGAACGCUUUUGUUGUCAGCUUCGAACGCGUGCCAUGACCCGUGCAUGAAGAUGUGGCAACAUCAUGUGGUUGGUGGUUUCCAUUCUUGUUUUCUUGCAACCGUUUUAGGGUUAGGGGGCGAAACAUGGCGAAACCACCAGUCACUUGUUCUUUGCACAUAAGUAUGGCUCAAAAGUGGAUGAACUUCCC